AGUAUCGUAUUCAUUCAGCGACAGUCACGAUAAUAGUUUGAUUAGUGAUUUAGCAGAGGCCAGAGAUGGCGGACGCGCAGCAACUACGCGAUCUGAUAAAAAAGAUCCUCGCAGAAAAAAAACGUGACGGAUGCGAGGUCGAAGUCGAUAAAUUCGAUAGUGGCGGUGCAAAUUAUACGUCAGCUUUGUUCCGAGUCACGGUGUCCUCGGUGAAGGAUGACGAACUGCAUCUAUUCGCGAAGGUAGCAGCGUUCGGUGAUUCGAUGAGGGAGAAAAUCAACGCCGAUUGGAUGUAUUCAACCGAACAAUUCGUUUACACGAAACUGGCUAACAUUUACCAGGAUCUGCAGUUACGUCACGGUGUGGAAAACGAGCACAGAUACGUCUUCCCGAAGUUUUUCGGCUUAAGCUCGGAACACGGGAACGAGACAAUUGUAACGGAGGACUUAGCUGCCGCUGGGUACGGAUGUUAUGACAGAUUCCGACCUAUGGACUGGGAGUACGCGUCAGUGUCUAUGGAAACUUUGGCCAAGUUCCACGCUCUUUCCUUCGCGUAUGAGAAGGAAAACCCUGAGGAGUUCCAGAAAGUUACGAAAGACAUGCAAUAUAAGAUAGGAUCUGAGGAGGAUAAGUCGUUGGAGAGUUUCUGGGUGCAGCUGGUAGAAGUGUCAUUAGCAGUGAUUAGAGAGGAGAAUAGAGAUAGAGUUAGAAAAAUAGUGUAUGAUGAAAACGUUAUGAAGAAUUACAACAAGCCGGUAGACAAGAUUGUUUUAGCGCACGGUGAUUACAGACUUAGCAAUUUGUUAUUUAAAAAACAGAACGGCCGUCUCCAAGUGGUCCCAGUUGAUUACCAGUUAGUGCACUCUGGAUGUCCAUUGAAUGAUGUGCUGUACUUCAUCACAGUGGGCUCGGACCAGCAGUUCCGAGCUAAGCACUUCCACCAGCUUAUUGACUUCUAUUAUGAGCAGCUGGCCCUGGCGUUGCAGAGGUUUUCCUUGGACAUUGUGGACGUCUACCCGAGGGAGAUCUUCGAUAAGGAGUUGAAAGAAAAACUUCCGCACAUGUUGCUGAUUGGCGUGAUGAUCCUGCCAGCAGUGACAGUGGAGGCCGAUGCGGCGCCCAAGAUGGACAACGAUUCUGAUGUCUCCACAUUCAUUUUUAAAACCAAUAAGCUUUACGCGGAGAGAUUCAACGGCAUCGUCGAUGAUUGUAUAGGGUGGGGGGUUAUAUAGGGACUGCAUGAUGCAGUCGCAGUUCUAUGAGCCGAAAAUUUUCAAGCAACCCCUUUCAAUCUUUUAUGUGAGAUCUUAUUUUUAAGAAAAUCUAAUGCCCCUGAUUUCGCUUUCUCGGCAUUAUUCCUUAUCCUUCUUCUUUAUAAACGUCAUCAUUAUAACCCAUCACGAGUCCACUGCAGAGCGUGGGCCACAAAGCGCGGUCGUGAGUCAUCAGCAUACAUCGACUUCCUGCAUCUCUUACUAUCAAGAGUAAAUGAAGUUUAUUUAUUGGUGAAAAUUCAAAUUAUACUGCCUAAAUUUCUGUAAAUAAUGGUACACGAGUUUUCUUAGGUCAAAGUUAAAGAAUGUAAUGUCCGAAUAAUGACCGAAUUAAGAUCACGGAGACCAGACUCAACGGAGAUUAGACAUCUGCGCAGGACUUUAUUAUAGUGCACGAGUGUGUGCGUAAGAGGUCAGCAAUUAGGAUGGCAAUCGGACACGACCAGCGACACAAGCAGACUUAGGACCAACAGGCUUAAACAGCUUUACGUGUUUUCUGAUUUACAGGCGUGAAAUACCACCAACUUAGUGACUCUGGGCUGCUGCUGACAUUUCUUGAUAGAAAGUUACCAGAUCGUCACUCAAUAUAGUGGGGGCUGCCCUAUACUUCGCUUGCCUUAUACUUCUUACAACUAUAAAUUAACAAAAAUGGCGCCGUGAUCGAACUUGUAUAAUUGUCAACUACCCAUUAUCUCCAACAUUAACACCUAAAUUAAAAUGGAACUUUAAUAUAUUGUAAUCCCGAAGAAACUAACAACUAACAGUGGUAGAGCCAAGCGGUAGCUUUUGCUGUCGCACGGAUGGGCCAGCUCGAACCGGGGUGGUACCACGACCUCACAGAAUACCAGCGUGAAGUAGAGGUUUACCUCUGCGUUGCGUUUGGUGAGUGCAGGUGGCCGGAGGCCCAAUUCCCCCCCCCCCCAUCAACAUGGUAGUGGAAUUAAAUACAAGACUACCCCAGGAGGGUACCAGCAACCCUGGAGAAUCCCUCGCUGAGCAUCCACGAACAAACUACUUCACUCCUGAGCGUGGGUGCUCAGGCUGCCCCGCGUAUUCUGGGGGGGGCAAAAUUCCGCUCGUGACUAAUGCUGCUCGGGGCAAGCGGAGCAAUACAACCAAGGCGACCCCUGUCACGCUAUCCGUGAAUUUUUGCAACAUCAGGGGACUUCAUUCCAACCUUAACGCUGUCCAUUACCAUCUAGAGACGGCGAAGCCGGCCUUGCUCUUUUUAACCGAGACUCAGGUGUCCUCUCCGGCUGAUACUUCAUAUCUCUCCUACCCGGGGUACAAAUUGGAACACUCCUUUGUGCCCCGGGCUGGAGUUUGUGUAUACGUCAGAGAGGACAUCUGUUUUCGACGCCUCGGCAGCCUUGAAGGUACGGACCUGUCCAUCCUAUGGCUGCGCGUAGACAGCGACGACCAUCCCCGCGUCUACGGGUGCCUCUAUAGGUCCCAUAGCGGUAAUGCCGACACAGACCGACUCAUCGACCACGUCCAAAUGGCUGCAGACUCCGUGCUACAACAGGUCCCAUCCGCAGAGAUCGUGAUACUCGGUGAUUUCAACGCCCACCACGCUGAAUGGCUUGGUUCUCGUUCAACCGAUCAUGCGGGUAGAUCUGUCUACGACUUUGCUUUGGCAUAUGGUCUAACACAACUGGUUACUUCGCCUACGCGGAUCCCAGAUGUGGAAGACCAUGUACCUUCCCUGUUGGACCUUCUGCUGACCUCUCAUCCGGACGGAUAUCAGGUCUCUGUCGAUGCCCCUCUGGGCUCUUCGGACCAUUGUCUGAUCCGGAGCACAGUGCCACUCACGCUCCAAUCGCAGUUGCGAUCUACAGCUUGCCGCCGUGUUUGGCACUAUAGGUCAGCUGAUUGGGACGGGAUGCGGUCUUUUUUUGCAUCCUACCCUUGGGGGCGGGUUUGCUUCUCGCCGGAAGAUCCCAGCGUUGUUGCCGAUUCUGUUGCUGAUGUGGUACUUCAGGGUAUGGAACUUUUUAUUCCAUCCUCUGUGGUGCCCAUCGGAGGCAGAUCCCAGCCAUGGUUUGGUCGCUCCUGUAAAAUAGCAUCACGCUAUAAGCAGGAGUGCUACCGGGCCUGGGCUGACGCAUCAACGUCUCGGGAUUUAAACACCAGCGCACUUAAAAAGAAGUAUAAUUCCGCCUCCAGGUCCUUCAAAAGCGUCAUUGCCAAGGCAAGGUCUGAGCACAUCGGCAGAAUUGGCGAGAAGCUAGUUCGCCUUCCUUCGGGAACCCGUGCAUUCUGGUCUCUCGCCAAGGCUGUCCAAGGGAACUUCUGUCAGCCAUCCCUCCCAUCUCUGCACAGAGAGGACGACUCACUGGCCCAUGCCGCAAAAGAGAAAGCCGAUCUGUUGUGCUCUCUUUUUGCGUCCAACUCGACUCUAGAUGACGGGGGGAACACACCGCCGACCAUCCCGCGAUGUGAGUGCUCCAUGCCGGAUGUGCGAUUUACACAGCGCUCGGUUCGCAAAGCACUUUUCUCCCUGGACGUCAGCAAGUCGAGUGGGCCCGAUGGAGUCCCUCCCAUUGUGCUGAAGACGUGUGCUCCGGAGUUGGCACCGGUUUUAACGCGUCUUUUCCGGUACUCCUACUCCCAAGGCGUAGUCCCGAAUUCAUGGAAGACAGCUUUGGUCCACCCGAUCCCUAAAAAAGGCGACCGCUCAGACCCGUCCAACUACAGGCCAAUCGCCAUCACCUCCUUGUUCUCCAAAAUAAUGGAAUCCAUUAUAAACUGCCAGCUCAUGAGGUACCUUGAGGAUCACCAGCUGAUCAGUGACCGUCAGUACGGUUUUCGUCGGGGUCGAUCAGCAGGUGAUCUUUUAGUUUACUUAACUCAUAGAUGGGCGGAGGCAGUAGAGUCCAAGGGGGAGGCAUUGGCCGUUAGUUUGGACAUAGCGAAGGCCUUCGAUCGGGUCUGGCACAAGGCGCUUCUUUCGAAGCUUCCUUCCUAUGGGCUUCCCGAGAAAUUGUGCAAAUGGAUCACCAGUUUCCUUGCUGAUCGGAGCAUCAAGGUCGUAGUAGACGGUGCAUGCUCUGAUUACAAGCCUAUCAACGCUGGUGUUCCACAAGGCUGCGUGCUAUCACCAACGCUGUUUCUCCUGCAUAUCAAUGAUAUGUUGCUAACUGGUAGCAUUCAUUGCUAUGCAGACGACAGCACUGGGGAUGCCUUAUAUACCGGCCGUGCCAAUAUUUCUCGGGAAAACGUCGCCGAGUACCGGAACAAACUUGUGUCUGAAGUCGAGUCUUUGCUUAACAAAGUCUCGGAUUGGGGCCGACUAAAUCUAGUCCAGUUCAAUCCCCAGAAGACACAAGUUUGCGCGUUUACCGCUAAAAAGAACCCCUUUGUCGUAUCUCCUCAGUUUCAAGGCACUCCCCUUGCUGCCUCAGCCAGUAUCGGAAUCCUUGGCGUCGACAUAUCGAAUAGCGUGCAGUUUCGUGGUCACUUGGAAGGGAAGGCCAAAUUGGCCUCUAAAAAGCUUGGCGUGCUCAGCAGAGCGAGACAGUAUUUCAUGCCGGCACAUCGCUUGCAACUUUACAAAGCGCAAGUUCGGCCUCACAUGGAAUACUGUUCUCAUCUCUGGGCCGGGGCACCCCAGUGCCAGCUCCUUCCACUUGACCGCAUCCAGCGCAGAGCGAUUCGAAUCGUCGACGACCGAGUUCUUUCCGAUCGGCUCGAUACACUGGCACUGCGUAGAGAUGUUGCAUCUCUUUGCGUAUUUUAUCACAUCUAUCACGGGGAGUGCUCUGAGGAAUUGUUCGGACUAAUUCCAGCCGCUCAAUUUCACCAUCGCACGUCGCGACAAAACUCGCGUUACCAUCCAUACCAUCUGGAUGAUUGGCGGUCCACCACUGUGCGAUUUAGAAGAAGUUUUCUCCCUCGCACAACUUCUUUGUGGAAUCAAUUACCACCAGCGAAUUUUCCGAACCGAUACGACUUAGGAACCUUCAAGAAAAGAGCUUACACCUUUCUAAAAGGCCGGCAACGCAUCUGCAAUUCCCCUGGUGUUGCGGUUGUUCAUGGGCGGCGGUAGUCACUUAACAUCAGGUGAGCCGCAUGCUUGUUUGCCCCCUAUUCUAU